CAAUAGCCCUUUGCCUGACGUCGACUACAGUACUGCAACGCCAAUCUGUUCAUCAAGUUAAUCGAUAUAAAGUUGUUUGGCUUUUGUCUAUUUGCGCAUUUAUUCAUUAUUUUCCAAUCGAGCAGAUCUACAUUUAAAUUUCAUAAUGCAAAUUUUUGUCAAAACCCUCACCGGAAAGACCAUUACUUUGGAAGUCGAAUCUUCGGAUUCUAUUGAAAAUGUCAAGGCUAAAAUCCAAGAUAAGGAAGGUAUUCCCCCAGACCAACAGCGUUUGAUCUUUGCCGGUAAACAAUUGGAAGAUGGACGUACACUUUCUGACUACAACAUCCAAAAAGAGUCCACCCUUCAUUUAGUUCUUCGUCUUCGUGGUGGUGCCUAAUAAUUUUUAACCUAUGCAAUAAUUCUGAUAAUUUUUAAUAAAACGUUUUUAAAAUUCUAAAUCA